AUGGACCCUGCUGUGAAUCCCCGUAGGACCUUGCCCUCAAUGUGGCUCAACAGUGGUAGAAAAUGUCCCAACCUCCGAAGGUGGGAGUUGCACAAUUAUCAUUACGUUCUGGCCUUUCUCUUUGCCAUUGAAGAGAUCAACAAGGACCCCCGUCUGCUGCCUAAUUUCACACUCGGUUUCAAUCUCUACAACGCCUUUAAUAAAAAUGACAAGCCUUUGGAGAACAUCUUCUUUUGGUUCUCAGGAGGGAAUCAGACUGUCCCUAAUUACAGCUGUCAGAAACAAAGGAAAUCUGCCGCCAUUAUUGCAGGAACCACACCAGAAUUCUCAUCAAAUAUUUCACCACUUUUGGAACUCUACAAAAUUCCACAGGUCCUGAUUUCAGUCACGUAUGGACCAUAUCAUUCUUUACUGAGUGACAAAGAUCAGUUCCCAUCACUCUAUCAAAUGGCUGCUAAAGACAACUUCCUGACACAUGGACUGGUUUUGCUAUUCUUGCAUUUUGACUGGACUUGGGUGGGAAUAGUUGUUUCUGAUGAUGUAAAAAGUCAUAAAUUUGUCUCAAUGUUGGAGGCAGAGAUGUUGAAAAAUUAUAUAUGUGCUGUCUUUAUGCUGACAUUACCUAUCUCAUGGAUAAGGAAUGACAAUUUAGAUGUUGAAAAAAUACCUCUCUUAGCUGAUCAUGAAAAAGUAAAUGUCUCUGUAGUGCAUGGUGAUUCUCAAAUUAUUAUGGGUGUAUACUUCUAUCAAAGAACCUUUGAACUUGUAGAGUUUAUACCAGGAAAUACAAUCAUGUCUGAAUCCACCUAUAUUGUCUACAAUGCUGUGCAUAUAGUAACCAGAGCCCUCCACGAGAUGUUUCAGGAGGAAACAGAAACAGGAUUGACAAGAGAUGCAAACAUCCCAAUGCUUCUCUCUUGGCAGCUUCACUUAUUUCUCAGAAACAUCCAGUUUACUAACAGCUUUGGGGAACACAUAUCCUUGGAAGACCAAAGAAAGUCAGUAAAACGAUACGAUAUCCUGAACACUGUGUCAUUUCCUGCAGCUCAUGACUUUCUAGUUAAGGUGGGAGAGUUUGUCUUCAAUGGUCAAAAUAACCAAACCUUGGUCCUCAAUAAAGAGGCCAUAGAAUGGCCUAUUGAACUGGAAAAGCCCCCCAUAUCUGUGUGCACCCACAAGUGUGGUCCGGGAUUCAAGAAAGUUAUACAGGCUAAGGCAAUCUGCUGCUUUGAAUGUGUCUUUUGUCUGACAGGGGAGAUUUCAAAUACACAAGAUGCACAAGAGUGUAUCCAGUGCUCAGACCAAGAAUAUUCAAACCAAGAGAGAACACACUGUCUCCCCAAGUUGGUGACCUACUUGUCCAUUGAAGAUUCCUUGGGGAUGGCUCUGGCCUGCACAGCUUUGUGCUUCUCUGUCUUCACAGCUGGGGUUCUGUGGAUCUUUGUGAAGCACCAAGACACCCCCAUAGUCAAGGCCAAUAACAGGACUCUCAGUUACAUCCUGCUCAUCUCCCUCCUCCUCUGCUUUUUCUGCUCCUUUCUCUUCAUUGGGCAUCCACACCCAGUCACCUGCAUCCUCCAGCAAAUCACAUUUGGACUUGUGUUCACUGUGGCUCUUUCCACUGUGUUGGCAAAAACCAUUAUUGUGCUGUUGGCAUUCAAAUCCAUGAAGCUGGGAAGAACCAUGAGGUGGCUGUUGGCAUCAGGGGCUUCUAACUAUGUCAUUCCCAUCUGCACUCUUGUCCAAGUGGUUAUCUGUGCCAUCUGGUUGGGACUGUCUCCCCCCUUCAUUGAUGUAGACACACACUCUGAGCCCAGGCAUCUGCUCAUCGUGUGUGACAAGGGCUCAGUCGCUGCAUUCUACUGUGUUCUGGGCUACCUGGGCUCCUUGGCCCUGGUCAGCUUCUCCUUGUCCUACCUUGUCCGCAACCUGCCUGAUGCCUUCAAUGAAGCCAAGUUCUUGACCUUCAGCAUGCUGGUGUUCUGCAGCAUCUGGGUGACCUUUCUGCCUGUCUACCAUGGUGCCCAGGGCAAGCUCAUGGUGGCCUUGGAGAUCUUCUCCAUCUUGGCCUCCAGUGCUGGUCUCCUAGUGUGCAUCUUUGCUCCCAAGUGUUACAUUAUUCUGAUUAGACCUGACAAGAACUCUUUGAAAUACUUAAAGAGUAAAAUGGAUCCCAGGAGAAAUGCACAUAUUUAG